AGAGGUGAUUCUAAUCGCUUCUCUUCUAUCCGAAAACAUUUUUCCAAACUAUUUUGUCUUCUGGCAACAAUUCUGUUCAGCUUAUUGAUCUCCACAAAAUGGCCACAAAGUCACAGUUAAUUACGGGAUUGACUUUGCCAUUACCAAAUCCUUCUUCUUCAUCUUCUUCAAGCUCUAGCAACAGUCUCAGCAUGGUGAAGAAGCCCCUCGCCACAUCUUUUUUCAAUGGCGGAGUGGGAGCUCUACGAGUUACAAGGUUAAGAAUUGCUCAUUCCAGCCGAUCAUUUUGUUAUAGACAAGGUGGAGGAGCACUAGGCACUCGUAUGAAUCUUUUUGACCGGUUUGCACGAGUUGUCAAGUCAUAUGCAAAUGCACUCAUAAGUUCCUUUGAAGAUCCAGAGAAAAUUUUAGAGCAAACAGUACUUGAAAUGAAUGAUGACUUGGUAAAGAUGCGCCAGGCCACAGCACAAGUGUUAGCAUCCCAAAAGCGGUUGGAAAAUAAGUACAAAGCUGCAGAACAAGCUUCCGAAGACUGGUAUCGUAAGGCGCAGCUUGCUCUUCAGAAAGGUGAAGAAGAUCUUGCUCGUGAAGCUCUCAAGAGACGUAAAUCUUAUGCUGAUAAUGCUAGUGCUUUAAAAGCUCAACUUGAUCAGCAAAAGGGUGUUGUUGAGAAUCUUGUCUCAAAUACACGGCUUUUGGAGAGCAAGAUACAGGAGGCAAGGUCAAAGAAAGAUACUCUGAAAGCACGUGCUCAGUCUGCAAAGACUGCAACCAAAGUGAGCGAGAUGUUGGGGAAUGUCAAUACAAGCAGUGCUCUUUCAGCUUUUGAGAAAAUGGAAGAAAAAGUGAUGGCAAUGGAGUCCCAAGCUGAUGCUCUUAACCAGUUAACUACUGAUGAUCUUGAAGGGAAGUUUGCGCUACUUGAGAGCUCAUCAGUCGAUGAUGAUCUUGCAAACCUUAAAAAGGAGCUGUCCAGUAGCUCAAAGAAAGGAGAGCUUCCUCCCGGAAGAGCGGCUGCGACAAGCACGACUUCUUUUCCUUUCCGAGAUUCCGAGAUCGAGAGUGAGCUGAAUGAGUUGAGGCGGAAGACUAAGGAAUUCUGAAAUUCGUACCAUUGCGAUGACUUUUGGCAUUGCAAAUUACUGGAAUUCAUAUUUUGAGCACAAAGCUGAACAAGUUUUGUAUGCCUACAAGUUAACUUUGUAAAGCUGAAAGGCCAAGAAGAUUCAACAUUGUAUAGCUAGAGGCCAAGCUAAAAUCAAUAGUUAUUUUCAGAUACUGAGAUUUCUUUUCUGUUUAUAUGAAAUUCUUUUUAAUUUUUUAA